GCAAACUUGCUGUGAAUUCUCCGCAGGACUUUGCUGCCGCUUUGGAUAUUCAGGAAAACUGAGUGUGUCCUUUUAGCGCAGUCUUUUAAUGCUUCAAAAAUAAACAGAGGAUAAACUCAGGAGGAAAGUUUUAGCUGGAGAGAGGUGUUGCAGUUCCUGUGUCUGUCUCCAGGACUGUGAUAUGUGUUGACUGAGGCGCUAACUGCAAUGACCCUGAAAACAGAAGGGGAAUUCUUAUAAAUCACAAAGGAAAAUAAAUAACUUCACCCAUGGAGGGAAAGAGACAGCUUGAGAAAAGGGACUUUGGAAAAAGGCUGUCUCUAGACAGCAGUCUUGUGGAAUACAUGGACUCCAAUAAAUAUAUUGAACAUCUGUUAACUCAACUUGAGGAGAAACACAGAAGUCUCUGGAGGGAGAAGCUGGCUGUGGCCCGGCUGCAGCGAGAAGUUGCCCAAAGAAGAAGUGAGGGGGCCAUGCAUGAGAAGCUGAUACAUGAAUUGGAAGAGGAGAGGCACUUACGUCUUCAGAGUGAGAAGCGGUUGCAGGAGGUAACACUAGAGUCUGAACGCAACCGAAUUCAGAUGCGUGGCCUGCAGCAGCAAUUUUCCAGGAUGGAAGAAACAGUACGAAAUCUAUUGCAGACUCAAGGAACUCCAGAGCAGAAAAAAGAAGAAACUGUUAUGGUCUAUCAGGAAAAGCAGCCAGAGGAUGAGAGAAAACACAAAGAAGCUUUGGAAGAUCUUCAAAUGGCGGUGGAUGAAGAUGCAGGGAGUGAAAGCAGCAGUGCAGAUGAGGGGAAAGAAAAGACCAAAUUGCUGUUACAAAGAUUGAAAGCGCUAGAGGCAGAGAAUUCAGCAUUGACUUUGGAAAAUGAAAAUCAAAGGGAACAGUAUGAGAGAUGUCUUGAUGAGGUAGCCAACCAAGUUGUUCAAGCUCUACUUACGCAAAAGGAUCUAAGGGAGGAGUGUGUAAAGUUGAAAACAAGAGUGUUUGAUUUGGAACAGCAGAAUCGAACAUUAAGUAUCCUAUUCCAACAGCGACUCAGACCAACUUCUGAUCUGCUCCUGCAGAAACUUCACUCUCGCAUCUUAGAUCUUUCAUCCGGAGAUUUGCUUUCCGAUGUGGAAAGAAGCCAAAGUCUGAUGCAAUCACAAAAUAAUGUGAAGAUGCAUGAAUGCCAGCUGAACACAAAAUCAGGAACCCCUGCUCUGAAAUGCCCUGGCCUGGGAGUUGUCACCCCUGCUCAUCUCUGCCCUCGCAAUAGCUGUAGCAGCAGUGAACUAUCUCUUUCGAGCACCUGCAGCGAGUAUUCCAGCGGCUCCUCAUACACGUGGCAUGAUGGGAAGAACAUCAGAAAAAGACCAUCAUCACAAAACUGGGAUAAAAAGCUGAGUAUUGAUUCUUCACUCCCAAGUGGCUUUGCUAGUCCUACAGAUGAACUACCUCCAAUUCGUAUCAAGGAAAGUCACAUUUUGGAAGGACUAAGAAGGCUACAGAAGCAAAAAGUAUUACUUGAGCCCCCAUCAUUGAUAACCAAAUGGGGUUAUAAAGAUUGCAUGAACUCAAAUGAAGGCAUAUACUCUCCAGGAAUUAAGAGUAGUAGUCUCAAGGAGUACCCCCCUUGCAAACCAGCUGACAUGGGGAAACCCUGCAAGGAGCCCCACAAGGCAUUUGUUUAUGACACAGAUUCUCACGAUGAUGCUGAUGAGGACUCCUCCUCCUUGGCAUUGAAUAAAGCCUUUCCAAACCAAGCCUGUAGGCUUCAUGGUUGUAAAUUAACUCACAGUGUUUCUGACAGUCUAUUUGGCUGGGAGUUGAACAGAAAACACUUUUCAGAAGACACAUCUUCGUCUUACCCCAGGGAAAGACUGGAAAAGUUGAGCACUUGUGCCAGCAGCUGUCCUUUGAAGAGGAAGCUGUGCCCAAUGAUGCAGGUACCUUGGGUGCAGAGAGAGAGGGGUCCCGACAGACAGGGCCGUGGCAAUCUCCAUCUUUCAGACACUGAUGACAAUGAAACCCUCGAUGAAUUGCAUAUAGAUAGCAGCGAUGAGAAAAGCCUUUCAGACUUGUCAUUGACUGUGGACACCGACAAGUCCAUGGAAAACCUGGACAUCCUCAUGGGACUUGGAAAACCUCAACUUGAGUCUCCUGAUGAGGAGGAAAAACAAAUGCCCAUCCACUUAGAGAGUAGGCCAAAGAUGUUCAGUUUCGUAAAGCAGCAAAGGGUUGUCAAAAGGACUUCUUCAGAAGAAUGUGUUACUGUAAUAUUUGAUGCAGAAGAUGGUGAACCCAUUGAAUUCAGCUCCCACCAGACAGGCGUUGUCACUGUUAGCAGAAAUGAAAUUUCCAUCAGUCAGGCCACCACUGGACCCAAGGAAGAGCACACUGAACCUGUACCUCAGGGAAUUGCUCACUCACAGCCAGGGGCUGCUGUGAGAGACUACACUUUUGUAAGGAGACCUGAAGAGCAAACUGAGAAAAACAUUCCAAAAGACUGUGCAGAUAAUGUCACCGAGGCACCCACUGAAUCUUUCAGCUCCAGGACAGUAACGCAAAAUACUCAGAGACAAAAACUGGCCAAACCAACACAUACUGUGUCAUGCCACAGUAAUUAUAGAUCUUUGAUGUCCAUGGGUAUCUGUCAGAAGCAAAAUCUGACAAAAAUACCUGCCAGGGGGAAGGCUUCACCUCAGAAAUCAAAAAUAGUAGAGCCUGAAGCCUCCACUAGAGCCCUCCCAUCAGGCCCAGUGGUUCUUGAAAACUCACCAGCCUUGGCUCCUGGGAAACUCUCCCGGUUCAAGAGGACUGGAGGCCUAGGGCACCUCUGGGAUGUACAGCCAGACUCACACAUUCCAAAACGCAGCUCCAGAAUGUCCAGCAGGAGAGAUGGGGUCCAGUGCUCCAAGAGUCAGAUUUCAGCACCACAGUUGCUGUCAAGGCCCCUCAUUGAGCCUGGUGGCGUUGGAGAACCUCUCAUAAGGGAUAAGCACUGUGACCCUGGGCCAGAGGCAAGGGUGAAAUCACCUUCUCCCCCACCCCCUCCAGGCAGGUCACUCUCCCUACUCAUUAGGCCCAGUUAUGACUAUUUGCCACUGCCUUCGUCUGCCAAGACUGAAACCAGCAUCACUGAUGAAACAGCAAAGACUGUAUUCAAACCAACCCCUCUGAAAGGAUCCUCUGCUCCUCUCAUUUCCCCCAAUCACACAGAAGUGCAGGGGAAGAAACCUGUGGCCUUCAAAAAACCCAUCUUUACUCAUCCUCUGCCCUCCACAGAAACAGUGAUUCAGACCAGAUGCUCUGCUCAUACCUCCUCCAGCUCAUUUGCCAUGAUGUCCCCAGGGCCCCCAAAGGUCUCUCCAAAGAGAGGUGCCCCCAAAACCCCACCUCACCAAACCUUUGGGACCACACAAACAGACACAGGGUUACAGACUCCCAAGAAUCGUUCUUCAGCCCAUGAACCUCUGGACAUAUCAUCCUCCACAAGUGUGUCUCCAGGAAGAAAAGGACAGCUGAAUGACAGUGUCUCCACAUCACCCAAGCCUCCCUUUUUAGGGGUAAAUGAGUCACCAUCAUCUCAGGUUAACAGUCCCUCACCAUCCUCCAAAAGCCAUAAUGCCCCACAUGGUUGUCAGAAUGCUCAUGAGAAAAGUUUGAAAACUCGCCUCCCAGUUGGGCUCAAAGUUCUCAUGAAGUCUCCCCAGUUGCUCAGGAAAAGUUCCACAGUGCCAGGGAAACAUGAAAAAGAUAGUCUCAAUGAAGCCUCUAAAAGUUCUGCAGCUGCAAGCAAGUCAAAGUCAGAACAUUCUGGGACUCCAGCAAGCCUUGAGGCCACAGUGGGCGAAAGACCUGUGACUCCUCUGAGUUUACAAGCACAAGGCAGUUUGGCUGAAGGGCUCCCCCCAGAAGCAGCAAUGCCAGAGUCAAUGGAAAAUCACAUCCCUGGGGCUGACAGAAAGGACGGAGUAGAAAACAGGUCUGUAAAAAGAUCUCUUUCCUCCAACAAGCCACAUCUGAAACCAGCUUUAGGCAUGAAUGGAGCUAAAGCCCGCAGCCAGAAUUUCAGUGCUCACUCAGGUGAGAAGCCCCCCACACCCCCUAUGGAAGGGCCAGGCAAAGUCCGAACUCAGAUUAUUACCAACACUGCAGAGAGAGGCAGUUCUCUGACCCGGCAGAGCUCCUCCACAGAUGGCUCUCCCAGCAAGACCCCUUCAGCCUCCAUGUCUGACAGCCUCCCCACUGCUGGGAGGGCCCUGGGCCAUGCCCCCUCGAGACAAGGCUCCCUGGGGAGCACAGGCAGCUCCAGCAGCUGGCAUGGAAGCCCUAGCAAGUUGCCUUUGAGGAUCCCUCCAAAAUCUGAAGGGCUCCUCACCCCACCUGGACCUGAAGACCAGCAGGCCUAUGCCCAGGGAGGAUGCCCAAGUGAGGCUGCACCUGAAGAACCAGGCAGGGACCACUGCAGAUGCUCACCCACCCUGGCAGACUGCCCACGAGGCCUGCAGAGCCCAGGGAGGACACAGUGCCCAGGCAGUUUGGAAACAAGCAGGACCCCCAAGCUAGAAACUUCUGGAAUCUAUCCAAAUACUUCUAUAACCAGGACUAAUGCUAUGAGCCCAGAAGCCCCCCUCUCACCCACAAUCGAAGAAAAGGUCAUGUUGUGCAUUCAGGAGAAUGUGGAAAAGGGCCAAGUGCAAACAAAGUCCACAACUGUGGAAGCGAAGCCAAAGCCUGGGCCUUCUUUUGCCAGCUGGUUUGGUUUUCGGAGGAGUCGACUUCCCGCUCUCAGUAGCAGGAAAAUGGACGUCUCCAAAACCAAAGUGGAAAAGAAAGAUGCAAAAGCCUUGGGCUUUGGAACUAAGCAGUUAAAAUCAGAGAGAAAAAAAGAGAAAAAGAAGCCUGAGCUCCAGUGUGAGAUAGAAAAUGAGCUUAACAGGGAUACAGAGCUGGCAGAUCCUCCCAACGGGAGUUUACAAAGCAAAAAUAAUCUAAAAACACCACACGACAUUUACGACCAAAUGAAGUUUGAACCAAGAAAUAGACCCAGUCCUGUUCCAUGUGCAACAAAAGAUACCUUUAUGACAGAACUUCUGAACAGAGUUGAUAAGAGAGCAGCUCACCAGACAGAAAGUGGAUCAAAUAAUGUUUCCUGCAGGAGUGUGUUAAAGGGCAGCUCCCAGGGCUCCUGUCUCACCAGCAGCUCUAUCAGCACCCAAGGAAACCAGAAGAAAAACAUCAGAACCAAAGCUGAGGGGGAAAUACCAAAAGGGUCCCAGAUAAGAGAGGCAAAUGAAAACCUGCAAGAGGAUGAAGAAGAUACAAUUGUAGAUUCUGCAUUUCAGAGCCACAUCAUAGAAUCAAACUGCCAAAUGAGGACCUUGGACAGUGGGAUCGGAACCUUCCCACUCCCAGACUCAGGAACUCGCUCAACGGGACGGUACAUGUGCCAAUCAGACUCCCCAGAGGACACAGAGCCCAUCCUGUGUCUCCAGCCAGCCCUUUGUGCAGCACCUUCCAUCAGAGCCCAGACCCUUGAAAGAGAAGUGCCUUCCUCCAGUGACAGCCACGGUUCUGCAGACAAUGCCAUUGUUCAUUCCACAUCUGACCCCCUUGUGACUGCCAGGGCUGUGCGACCUCUUCAGAGUCGCCUCCCCAAACCAGCCUCUGCAGGAAAAAUCAGUUCCCAAAAGCAGAAUGAAGCAGUGGCAAGGCCUCAACCUUGCUCAUCAUUCGAAUAUGCUGAAAACACCAUGGCCAGGGAGCUACUUCCAGCCUGGAGGGCUGAAGACCUCCCUGAGGAUGCCCAGAAAUUGAAACAAGUUGAAGAAACAAAAGAGGACCCUGAGAAUAGAUUAUCUAAAAUUUCCCUGGAGUCAUUCAAUAAAUAUAACAGCAAUACUGCAAUUUUAUUAGAAAAAGAGAACUCUCAGAACAAGGUUGAAGAAGGAAAGGAAGAAAAAGAAAAAAGUGAAGAAGCAUCUUUGAGUAGUUCCGACAGGCCCGGUGUAGACAAUUUGGAAUCUUUGAGUGAUUCCUUAUACGAUAGCUUCUCUUCCUGUGCAAGUCAGGGUUCAAAUGACACAUAAAAGAUUUUUUUCUCCAUAGUGAGCUGGAAAUGGAGCACUUAAGAAACAGGGCCGGGGAAGUGCAGGCAGAGGUGACAACAAUAAAGUAUUAUAACACAAGAGCCCAUGUUGUCAGAUUCACAACAAGCCACCUACUGCAGCUUUCCCCUCAGACAGGACAGUAUAGACUCCAUUUUGCAUUUCAUGAGGAUUAAAAACACACCCACAAUACAAAAGUCUUACUUUUGCACUUUUUUUUUGAAUACUGUACAGAAGUUGUAAAUUUUUUGGAAAAGAAAUUAUAUUUGUAGCAAAAAGAAAAGCAAUAAAUUGAAUCAGUGCCAUGCUCUUGAAAUGAUAUACUAAGUCUUCUAGACAUUGAUGAUAAUAUAUUUUUUAAAAAUUCCAACUAAAGUUUUCUUCAGCUCAUUGUCCUAGUGCCCGAAUUGUUAGCGGGUACACUCCGUAAACCUAAAAUAGGACCUGCCAAAAAGCAGAGCACUCAUUGUAAUCUCCAUCUCACAAUCUCAAUUGGAUAGAAACUUUAAUUUUAGUGCAAUUUUAGAAUUGUUGCCAGAGAGAUUCAGGCUCUAGUAAUAAGUGUAAUUCUGCUUCUACCGAAAAAGAUGAAGGGUGCUGGAGUGUGACCUUGAUCCAUAGGGAUGUGCAUCAGAAGUGGCCUAAUUCUAUUUUCAAUAGCAGGCUUUCCCUCCAAACAUUUCCUUACAUGCUCUUCCACCUAGUGCUUCUCUAUGAUUCUGGGCAGUUCUUGUUUUUUAUUUUCCUGCUCUUUUUAUUAAAAUCUGGGCAAUCUAGAAUGAAAACAAAUUUCUACCUGCAAUGUUUGACUUUAAAAAAUUAAAAUGGUUGGUGCUAUGAAAAAUCUCACUUUUUAAUAUCCUUUUUUCCUACAAAGUCUGUUUAUAUGUAAGGAUAAAUUCUAUUUUAAAGGUUAUGUGUAUUUUUUCUAGAUGUGAACUAUUUAUAAUUGCUUUUGUACAGAAGCUUGUAAACUAGGCAUAAUAAAAAUAUUUUUAGGAUCUGUAUGAUUACUUCAGUACCCACUUGUUUCUUUAAAGACUAUUGUAUGACCAGUGUUACUUAGUAAAUUUGUGCAAUUUGAAUUUUGUUGGCUCAGAUGAAAAUUAUGUAAAGUGUCAUCUUUCAGACUUUUAAAAAUUCUUUUGUUUCAUUUCUGAAUAAAAGGCAUGCCACAA